AUGUUCAUGUCGUGGGCUUCUUGGCUUCUUGCAGCCCUGACUUUCGUUUCUGUCGUUACUUGCACACCCGCAACGCCCAACUCGAAGAGACAGUCCGGCAGUGGAAUUGUCACAGGAAUCGAAUCCAGAGAUCUGAAUGGCAAUCCCUUCCUUCGUCUGGAAGUGCGCGAUAUGCGAGCCAACUACCCAGAUCAAUGGAACCUGUACCUCUUAGGUCUUGACCAACUACAUACCACGAGUCAGAAGGAGCCUAACUCAUACUACGGCCUUGCUGGAAUCCAUGGGAAACCGUAUCAGACAUGGCUCAAUGCACCAGGCAUCAGUUACAAGAUUGGCAGCUCCGGUUAUUGUCCCCAUAGUAUGGCACUAUUUCUGGGGUGGCAUCGUCCAUAUCUAGCUCUUUUCGAGCAAGAGCUAUACGCCCGCAUUCAGAGAAUUGCCGAGUACGCAUCUGCUGAUCAGAUCGAACGUUACCGAUGGGCAGCAUAUUCGUUCCGAAUACCUUACUGGGACUGGUCUCAAGGCGAGCAGAGCGGCAACGUACCUGAUUUCUUCAUGACCGAAACGACCGUAGUCACUACCCCCGAAGGCCGCAAUAUCGAGAUCUGGAACCCACUCUACAAGUACGAGUUCAAGCCGGUACCGUCCGCAGGUGCUUUCGAUGGCAAGUGGUCACAGAUCAAUACCACGAUCCGAUGGCCAGCGUCAAACAGUCCUUGGGAGGAGUCGCGCCAAUCCGAGUUUGCAGCAAGCUUUGUCAACUUACGACGACAGAUCCAAGACCAAACCGCGCUCGCAUUCCGACAAGGCACCCUCAACGGGUUCUGGGAAGCCAUUGAGAUGGUGCAUGGCUGGGUACACGGAGCAAUUGGAGGAGGGUAUUCCACUGGCUUUGGCGGCACAGGUCAUAUGUGGCCUCUCGAGUACUCGUCCUAUGAACCACUGUUCUGGCUCCACCACACUAAUGUCGACCGCCUCUUCGCACUGUACCAGGCGCAGAAUCCUGGUGCCUACCUCCAGCCUUCCAACGUCGGCAGCGCCGGCAACGUAUUCGUGGAAGACAACACCGUGGUCGAUGGAGACACGCCACUCCUUCCUUUCCGACACAACCCAGGCAGCUUCUGGACAACAAAUGAGGCUAUGGAUUGGAGACUUUUCGGUUACGACUAUCCUGAGACUCAAUCAGCCAACACUGCAUCUGCACAAGCGACAGUUGCGCAGCUGUACAGUGGCAGUGUUCGAGGAAGAGUUGCGGCUGGACAGACCGGGGGCGUUGGACACCACUUCAUGCCCGGUAUGGAGGAGUCAAGCUACACGGACUGGGUCAUCAACACGGCAGCAGCGCCACUCGACUUGCCUCCCACCUUCGUCGUGCAGUUUUCGCUCGUAGGUGACUUCUCAUCAGAUGCAUCCACCGACGUAGGCAUGUGGUCUGUCCUAAUGCCUAUGGAUCACAACAAGGCCAAGCGCUCGCUCCGUGAGGCUGAGAAGCUGACGAAACGUGCAACUGCGGCCGACAUGACAUUGCACGGUACGGUCAGUUUGACAUCUAGCCUACUAGAUCAGAUCGAUGCUGGCAAGCUCCAGAGUCUUGAUGAACAGGACGUGGUACCGUUCCUGAGAGAGAAGUUGACCUGGAAGGUCUACUCGGGUGAUGGCACUCAGCUUUCUGACUCGAGUCUAGAUGCCAUUAGGAUCGAUAUCGCGAGCGAGAUUGCACGCAUCCCGAGUGACCCCAGUGCGCCGAUUGAGUACAGCAACGACGCUAUUGCGCACUCUGAGGUAACAGCGGGCAAGAUGGGUGGUGCUAGCUGAUCAGUUUUCUUUCGACAUGCACAUUCUUUUCCGCUCUGCACGUCCUAGGACCUACCUUCUCUUUGCACGAGCGAUAGUCUGUAAUAAUGUAAUAUUCCUC